AUGGUCUCCCCACGCGCAGCUACCGUUUUUCUCUCCCUAGCGCUUUCUGCUUGCGCAUCGUUCCGCAACUACGGCAUUCCCGAGUCGGACGCGACCGUCGACGUCCGCGUCUUCGACGUCGGAACUUCCACCCUCGUCAACGGCACGGGCAUGAUUCUACACCCUAUACCGACCGGCCGAGAGACGAUGUCGUUCCCCUUGUUCGCGUUUUUGAUCGAGCACAAUGGGAAGCGUGUCAUGUUCGAUCUGGGCAUGAGGAACGACACCCAGAAUUUUGCCCCUAGCGUCGCCGGUAUGUUCACCGCAAACCUCUCCAAGCUCGAGGAGCCCAACGGAGAUAUCACGGGGCUCCUCGAGGCCGGUGGAAUUCCUCUGAACACGAUCAAUACCGUCAUCUGGAGCCACUCUCAUUUCGACCACAUCGGAGACAUGUCCAAGUUCCCCAACACCACUGAGCUCGUCAUUGGGGCCGAGACCAACACCGACACUUAUCCUCAAGUUCCCACCGCGAGUUUAAAAGUAGAAGAUCUUGCCGGACGCAUUGUGACCAAGAUCGACUUUUCGAAAGCCAACAUCACAUUCAGUGGCCUCAGGGCUGUCGACUACUUUGGAGACGGGAGUUUGUAUCUUCUGGAUACCCCCGGUCAUCUGGCCGGGCACAUCACCGCGUUGGCUCGCACCACCCGCUCCUCGUUCCUCGUCCUUGGUGCCGACUCGUUCCACCAUCCCGGCGCGAUUCGCCCCCGGCCCGCGUUCCAAGCACAAUACCCUUGCCCCGCCCAUCUGCUCGAGGAUGCCAAAACCAUUUCCACCGACUACUUCUGGUCACCGAAGAGUAUCUCGGGUGUAUUCGACUUGCCCUCGCGCCCAGAGCAGCUCCUCGCCAUCUCGGACUUAGCCACAUCGUUCUUCGCCAAUCCGGUCGACUCGCAGAUCUCAGUCGAGAAGCUUGCCAACUUUGAUGCGGAUCCCGACUUCUUCGUCGUUGUCUCCCAUGACAUGAGUCUGCGCGGGGUGAUCCCUAUGUUCCCCGCAUAUCUGAACCGGUGGAAGCACGAUAAACUGAAGGAGAAUACGGUGUGGGGAUUCCUGAACAAGUCCAGCCCGUCUUUUAUAUUCACUCCCAUCUAA